AUGAAGAGUGCUCCGGCAGCUCCAGUUCGGCUUGCGAGAGUUAGUGCUGCUCCAGUGCUCUGGCCUCGGCUCGCAUCUGAGGAUGUACCGGGGGAGGAUGUUGCCUCAUGCCCCUUUAUAUACCUGGGACUCCCCACAGGUGUCCAGAGUCGUGUGGCAGCGGGCAACAUGGAAUAUCUGGCAGUCUAUCUCAUCGUUGCAGGAGCAUUUGCUCAGUUAGGUGUUUGCAGGCCAGACUUGGGUAAUUAUAUCCAUGGAUACCAACAGUACCACAAUAUUCUAGAGUACCCUCAGGCUCAUCACCAUGUCUUCCCAGCACAAGCCCAUCUAUCAUCUUUGGGAUCUCACAGUGUAUAUGAGAACGGUUACGCAGGACACAGCGGUGCCCAUGGUUACAGCCAUAUCCAGCCUUACCAUGGGCCUAUAGCUAUCCCUGUGGUGCUGCCCAGUGGACAUCUUGCAGACACUCCAGAGGUAGCUGCAGCUAAGAUCCACCACCUCGGAGCUGUGGCACAAGCUAAAGCUGACAAGUACUACAGUGGCCAUGCUGGAUCCGGCUAUGGAGGAGCUUACGGUUACAGUAGCUCCUACCAUGGUUAUGCUGUCCCAGUGGUUCUCCCCAACGGUCACAUCGCAGACACCCAUGAAGUUGCAGCAGCCAAAUCCGCUCAUCUCCUUGCUGUAGCAAAAGCCAAAGCAGAGCAGUAUUACUCUGGACAUGGAGAAGGUUACGGGUACGGAGAAGCUUAUGGGUACAGUGGUUCUCACCAUGGGUACGGAAUUCCAGUGGUGCUCCCCAAUGGGCAUAUUGCUGACACUCCUGAAGUGGCUCAUGCCAAAAAUGCCCAUUUGGCCGCUGUGGCUCAUGCCAAAGCUCAAGAAGCUCUUCACUAUGACCAUGAACAGAAGUACCAUGAUGAUGAGUACUACCAUCAUAUACCUCUCCAUGUCUCUCAUCAGCUGAUCCAUGUGCCACAUCAAGUAUCUGAUUCUUUAGCCCAUGGAUUUGUUUCUCAUCUAUACACUCCACACUGGUUCUCUGAUUUAUAAAUAAGACAUAACAGUAUAUGUAAAGUAGCUAUUAUUUUGUAAGUAUAGAUAUUAUAUUAUAUUCUUGAA